UCGGUCCGAAUGCCACAACACAGAAUCAGAAUCUGAAUGAAUCUGAUUCUGAUUCUGUUUUGUGACGUUCAGGCCUGAGGUGAUUUUGCUCUGGUACACAAGUAUACAGUAACGUGUGGCGUUCAUGAUGCGUAUGUUUCUUUCCGCGCUGCAGCGCAACGAUGCCGCCGAGGUGGACGAAAUCCUCCGCACCAGUAACCUAGAUAUAGACGCCAUAUUCGAAGUGGAAGACGAAAGCGGUGUCCUGGCCUCCUAUAAUAAAGGUUCCUGGCUAUGUAACUUUAAACCGAAGUUCUCCUGGGCGAUGGGCAUUCAUAUAUGCAUGAUGAACAACGCAAUAGAAAGUGCCUUGGUGCUUCUGCAGAGGGGAGCAGCAGUAAACAGGAAGCCCAAUGGGAAAACACCACUGCAUGUGGCUUGUGCAAUGUCUCAUGCUGACUGCGUGGCUCUGCUGCUCAACUGGGGAGUUAAGGUCAACAGCAUGUCCCGGAGUGGAUACACCCCACUGCAUUACUGCAUCACGCAGGAGUCAGUGGACUGCGCCAGACAGCUGAUACUCCAAGGAGCAGACGUGAACAUGCCAAGCCAGAACACUGAUGAAGACACUCCACUACACACAGCCGCACGCCACGGUAUCUCUGAGCUGGUUGGCCUUUACAUUACGCAUGGUGCUGAUGUGAAUGCAUUCAAUGCCCAUAUGGAGACCCCUUUGAUCACUGCUGCAUUCUCAGCUAUGGAUGACCAUGUGCAGACUUACAGCGAGCAGCACCAUCUUGUGUGCCGCAUGCUGCUGGACUAUGGGGCCAACCCAAACCUCCAGGAUAUAAACCAAAAAACAGCGCUGCACAAAGCCUCAUGGAACUGCGACCAAACACUGAUGCAGAUUCUGCUCGAUGCUGGGGCCGAUCCCAAGAUCGUGGACAUGAGCGGUAAUCCAGCCCUUCAGUACACAUCAAAUAUGAUACAGAUGCGGCCUUACUGUGAACCAUAUCGCUGCCUCCAGCUGGUGCUUAACUACGGAGCAGUCAGAGUCUACCCAGAUCAGUUCUACAAGCUGUUGGAGAUUUACCAUGAUGACCCUAGGACAGUUGAGGUGAUGGUAAAUUCCUAUGGGCAUCUCAUGAGUACCCCAAAAUGGAGGGACGCUGUUCCUAAGGAAACAUACGAGAAACACGGGAUGUUUUAUGACUCACUGGUUGCUGCCUGCACCACUCCACGUUCUCUGCAACACCUGGCCAGAUUUGCCAUCCGCACGGCAAUGUGCUGCUCCUGUGAAUCAGGCCUUAAGCAACUCCCACUUCCUCAGUCAAUCAAACAAUACAUACUGCUAGAACCUAUGGGAAUCAUACUCUAGUGACUGUAUUGGCUCAAAGGUGAAUUUACAACGUGCCAAUCUCUCUGUCCAUAUUAAACCUCCUGGGAUACAAGUGCUCUCAGGAAAAUGCUGGAAUUUGCAUUGUAGCUUAGGUCAUAUCUGCAAUAUUUUAAUUCUUAUAACAUAUACUGCCAGUCAAAAGAUUUACCAACACCCUAUAUUAACAUUUUAAGUUAAAUGACAAAUAUCAGGGUCAAGUGCAAUACUCUAGAAUGAGAAAAUCUAAGCAGGAAAUAUGUGUAAAUGAACAAAGAAGAAUUUGUCUGAGAAACGCUUGUUUAUUUUAUUGGGAAAAAAUGUAGAACUAACUGGAAAAGACUAAAUUUAUCUGGAUCACUCUAAUUAGGCACACAAAGCAUACACUGUAAUAUGUCCUAUAGCACUCACUUAGAAUCCCAUUAGGAUCUGACAGUGGACAAUGAAGUCAGUUAAAAAGUCCUUAAAUACAGAGAUUUGGGUAUUUCGUGACAUAUUGCUUAUUUCCUUCCCCCCUCCUCAUUUGAUUCCCAGUAGUGCAUAAACUGUAAUAAAAUGUAAGACUAU